UGGUUGGGAAAAUCUGGGUUUGAUUUUAAUGGGGAGUAGCCUACCCCGGGCUCGCUUUACAACCUAUGGAUGUACUGGACGGCUUUCAGUUAGUCUGAGCUUCGGGUGCGGAUGCAGUGGUCCGCCUCCUCUCGGUGUGCCCACACUUUUGACUAUGUUGCAAGCGCUUCUCUUGUCCUUUUUAAUAUUUUAACGAGGCAAGUGUGAGAAACACGAGACACUUUUUUUGCGUUUGGAGGGGACAAUUUCUGAUGGAAGAGAACCUAAAUGCUAAUUGGUGUGGAUCUCAGGGGGACGUCCUUUUUAAAUUCAAAAGACAGCAACAUUGACGACUUGACACCGGGGAAGGGCUCGGGCCAGCCUGAAGUGAAGGGUCACUGAGCUCAGUCACUCUCCUUCCAUUAACUCACAAUUAUACAGACAUAGAAGAAAAGUCACAUACAGACACAUCUGCACGACGACACACACACACACGCACACACCCACAGACUCUUGGGUACACAAGACUCCUACAUGCAUAAACUCAGACACACACACGCAGGCCCUCUGAGCAGGAUGAGGGAACCCUGGAGGUGCUUGCUGGGCCUGUGCCUCCUGGCAUGCUCAGCCUCCACCCACAAUGCCGCCAAUCCCUUCGCAGGGCAGCAGACCCCUCCAGACCCUUGCUAUGACGACACAGGCGCAGCCCGCCGCUGUAUCCCCGAGUUUAUUAACGCUGCCUUCGGCAAGGAGGUGAUGGUGUCCAGUGUCUGUGGCCGGCCUCCGUCCCGUUCCUGUAGCGUGGUGGAGCGUGGCGACGAUCGGCCUUCUGUGCGCUCGUGCCAAAUCUGUGAUGCAGCCGACCCUCGCCGUGCCCACCCUGCUUCCUACCUCACUGACCUCAACUCAGCCCACAACCUCACCUGCUGGCAGUCAGAGAAUCUGAACACUUCACCGCACAACGUGACUCUCACCCUCUCACUAGGUAAAAAGUUUGAGAUCACCUAUGUCAGCUUGCAGUUCUGUUCCCCCCGACCCGAGUCCCUGGCCAUAUACAAGAGCAUGGACUAUGGCAAGACCUGGAUGCCCUACCAGUUUUACUCCUCACAGUGCCGGCGUAUGUACAAUCGGCCCAACAAAGCGACCAUUACCAAGCAGAACGAACAGGAGGCGCUAUGCACAGAUGGCCACACUGACCUCUACCCGCUGUCUGGAGGUCUCAUUGCUUUCAGCACUCUGGAUGGACGGCCCUCCGGCAAAGACUUUGACAACAGCCCUGUCCUUCAGGACUGGGUGACUGUCACUGACAUCCGCGUGGUCUUCAGCCGGCCCCAGCUACCCCGGGAGCUGGGACUAGGGGCUGGAAGCAACAGCGGAGGGAGGGAUGACGACCCCAUGGCGGUGACAUCAGCGCUGCCAACUUAUUUCUAUGCAGUGGGAGACUUUCAGGUGGGCGGGAGGUGUAAAUGCAACGGGCACGGCUCACGCUGUCUAAAAGACAAGGAAGGCAAACUGGUGUGUGACUGCAAGCACAACACAGAGGGACCUGAAUGUGACCGCUGCAAGCCCUUUCACUAUGACCGACCGUGGCAGAGGGCCAAUGCCCGCGAGGCCAAUGAGUGUCUGCCGUGCAACUGCAACCUCCACGCCCGCCGCUGUCGAUUCAACAUGGAGUUGUAUAAGCUGUCGGGGAGGAAGAGCGGAGGAGUCUGCAUGAACUGCCGCCACAACACCGCAGGCCGCCACUGCCACUACUGCAAGGAGGGCUUUUACAGAGACAUGGCCAGACCCAUCACUCACCGACGAGCCUGCAAAGCCUGUGACUGCCAUCCUGUGGGCGCAGCAGGCAAGACGUGUAACCAGACCACAGGCCAGUGCCCUUGCAAGGACGGCGUCACUGGCAUCACCUGCAACCGCUGCGCCAAGGGCUACCAGCAGAGUCGCUCACCUGUGGCCCCCUGCAUCAAAAUCCCAGUGGUCAACCCCACAGCUGUGGUGAGCAGCACAGAGGAACCAGCAGAUUGCGAGUCCUAUUGUAAACCAGUGAAGGGCAACCUUAAGAUCAACAUGAAGAAAUACUGCAAAAAGGAUUAUGCGGUGCAAGUGAACGUCCUGGACAUGGAGACGGUGGGGGACUGGGCCAAGUUCUCAGUUAAUUUGGUGUCUGUGUACAAGAGCCGCGGCGAGCCCCUAAAGCGAGGCGACAACAUCCUGUGGGUACACAUGAAGGACCUGGCCUGCAAAUGUCCCAAAAUCCAGAUGAGCAAACGAUUCUUGGUGAUGGGGGGCAGCGACGGCGGGACGGGCACCGGGACGAGUCCAGGGGUCGGGCCCGGGGGCGGAGCCACCAGUCCUGGGGCAGAGCGCUUGGGCUUAAUGGCUGAUAAGAACAGCCUGGUGAUCCAGUGGAGGGACGUUUGGACGAGACGCCUAAGGAAGUUCCAGCGCAAAGAGAAGAAGGGGAAGUGCAGCAAAGCAUGAUGGGAAAACAGCAUUCAUCCUUACCUCUCCCUCCCUUCAUGAACCUUACCCAGUGAUCUCCCUCCCCUCCUCCCCCCCCCGCUAUCUUCCCCCAUCACAGGAACACUGCACAUUAGAAAGACUGCAUGUACCCUGCCUGUUUUUAAGGACCACGUUUUGUGUAUAUUGUAUAAUGAUGUUCCUUUUUAUUUCUCAAGGUUUGUCUUUGUUAUGUCAGUUGUCUUUUUUUGUCCAAUUGGUUUGCCUUAAAAAGGGACCAUUAAAAAGGGUAUGAAGUGUAGAGAAAAGCAGAUGCCAUUCCCUCCCUCGACGACGGUGUAAAUGUGUCACUCGUCCCCCAGCCACGACCCCUUGUCCCUCAACCUGCUCUUCCUGUCAAGACUGACUUUCUCCUGCCACUCUGUUUGACAUUUACCACGCUUCUCUGAGGAUUUUUAUUCGACAGUUUGCCACUGACCUAUUUCAGCAACCCGACAAGCUGCACAACCUCAGCUUGGCCUCCUCACGUUUCAUUGUUGAAACAACUCGGAUCAGCUCGAGCUGGACCGCAUGACUCGACAUUUGCUUUUAAAAUGUUCAUAAAAAAUGGGCCUACUUGCUUUAGGUCUCUGUAGCAACUUCUACAGACUGUAACUAUGAAACUCUUGUCACAUGAGGAACCAAGGGCUCCCUUUGCAGGGAUGUUUUCCACAGCAAACUUCAGUCUCACCAUCACUGCUGCUGCCACCAGACAGCCAUCACAGAAUAAACCGCUUGUGUAGGCUCUUAUAUCCACUGCUCAUAGUAGAGUUUCUAUUCUUCGUGUGGCUACGUUUUAUCUCAUCCAUCCAUAUGCCUGCCGUAUCCUUAUUUGAGAUAUAUCCUUUUGUUUCAUUUUAAGCAGAACAAACCCUGUUAGCAUGUGUGAGUCACAUUCCAGGCCUCCGGGGCUGUGCCUCUUCACCGCUAGUCCCUCUCACGAGUGGUUUAUAAAGUCAUGCAUCCCCAUCAUGACUCAUUGCUUGUCACUUUUUUUUCUGGAAGACAGAUCAAGCGGUGUGGACAAAUGGCUGGAAUUUUUUAGAACAAUACCCAUAUUUCCAAGGAGACUUUUCCUCGCUUUAUGGAUACUGUCCUUCCAGAUGUCGCUGUGUCAUGUCAUUUCUUUGUAUUUAAAUGUCUGAACAUUUUCGUGAUGCGUCCAGUGACUCUCAGGCUUUUGUUUGCCGUAUUAAGAGAUUCAAACGAGAGUUCCUUUUCAUGCAGUAAAAAGAAAACAAGUCGGAUAAACAACAUAGUCGUGUUUUUCUCUAGUGUAUUUUGACAAAAUGAAUGAGGCUGGAAAGUUUUUAGCGCUCACUGAUUGUAUUAUGACAUGAGAGGAUCAUAUUUCAUUCCUCAUGUGCUUUGUUAUGUUUGCAUGCUUGUGGUUUUUGCUGGUCCAUCAAAACCUUACAGUGAGCAAGAACUAAACUUUAAAAUGAGCAUCGAGAUCCAAAGGAAAACUUCCCAAGACAUCUUCUCCUACUUGCCUACCCUCACACAGUCAUGUCACUGUCAUCCUUUGCCAAAUAACCAUAGUCAGUUUUUUAAAUUCAAUUAAGAGACUAUGAACCAACAAAAAAACCACAGAGAGACCCGUCUGGUUGCUCUCAAGCUUUUAUCUGCCGUUUGCUGUCAUUUCAUUUUGUAAAGCACAUUACAAUUUAUUUAACUAGAGUACAAGAUAAACAAAGUUAUGAGGGGAACAUCAAGCUAGCGUAGCAGCGAGUGUGCCGACAGGCAUGUCAUGCUAGCGAGUGGUUAUGCUCCUCUUGCCGCGGCGGUAUGUUUGGUUUGUCAUUCUUCCAAAAUGUCUCUCCUCCGCUCUCUUCUCUGUGUCAGCCACCGCCCUCCCCUAACUCCCUUUUUUUUUUAAACCCAUUUUGCAUGUUGUUGUGUAUUCAGUGUCUUAGAUAAGUGACAGCACAGAACGAGGCUGCCAAACCCCCUCAGUGGUGUACUGUACUGCACUGUAGCUCGUUUUCACGUCUUCCCGAGAAUGUAUGUCAAACUGUGAAGAACACACUCACACAGGUGUACGGUCUGAUUGUAAGUGUUUAAGAAACAUGUCAAAUAUGUCACCAAGCUUAAGAAUGUGGAUGCCAUCACAAUUGUUGCUAUUGAUGAACAGGAUGUCGUUCAAAUGAUUGUGGAUCUUUCAUGCAUAUCUGUCUGUCUUACAAUGAUAUUUUUGAUAAUACAAAAACAAAACCUGUAACCAAAAUGAGUUAUUAUCCACCUAACGUGAUUUGUAAUGUGUGACAAAAAGAGCAAAUAAGGACAAAAAAAAAAAAAGUUUUGACAGCACUAUGCCCACGCAGGGCACAAUUCCCAUCGUUGGAAUUUCACAAAAAUGCAGAACCGGUCAAUUAUGUGUGUGUUGGCUGUCCGCAGUGGCCCCGUCAGACAGGUGGUGUUACAGUAGCACCAGUCUCCUCACACCGGUAUGCGAGUACGCUGUGACACAUUAUGAUUGAUGGUCAAAUUACGUGCCCAGGAGGCCUCUCUAGCGCUCAACUCUUUAAGCACCCAACACACUUGCGGAGGAACUACGCUGUCCUUGAAUCUGGGCUCAUGCACAAAAUCCCUUUUUCCUUUCUUUUGGCUCUCUGUUUUCUCUUUUCUUAAGUACCCACCCUGAAUGUUGGAAUAAAGAUAAGAAGUGUGCCAGAUGUUGUUUGGGGGGUGGAAGUGUAGUCUUGUGAAAGCUAUUUAGUGAGCCUCACAGGGAGAGCCGUCCUGUUGUUUUACGUUAACAAGCCCAGCAGCUUGGCAAUGGAACUGAGGCCAUAACUGCUUUGCUUUGUUUCCUCCCCUCCCUUUGCAGCAUUUAUAGCAUUCACAGGUGUGCGUGUGUGAGUGUGUGUGUGUGUGUCUAAUUAACCUUACCCAAAUAAACAAGUGAUAUGCACAUGAACUGAAGGUGCAGAGAGGGGAGAGAGCUCUCAUUUGAAGGCAGACCUUGUAGGGGUUUUGCCACUGUUUUAUUGUUUGCAUUGACGAGUCUGAAUAGCCGAUGAUGAAGAAUUCUCAUUUACAUUUCCCCCCCCUGACCUGAUUCCCAUUUCAUUCUGGUUCACUUCCAUCUCACCUUGUUUAAUAAAUCUUGACACGUUUUUAAUGUUGUAAAUAUGUUCUGAACUGCCUCUGCCAUUCAUGGUGUCUUUUGUAAAAGCAUCACUUGGCCUGGGAUGUACAAACCAGAGGAUGUUAUAUGGAUGUGGAAACCAGAAACAUAUGCUUUUGUGAUCGCAACCAGAAGAUGUGGUUCAGAUAUUACACAGAAUGUAUUCCUUUUUCGGUUUUAUGUUGUUUCCAGACAACAGCCGCCCAAUUGUAAAUGACUGUGAGGAGAAUUAAAUACAAAUGUGAGACGGCCUGAUCGGACCCUCUGCUUUUUAACAUAAAGGCAAUGACGGCAAAUGACACUACAACCAACUACUUUCUGUUGCAUUAAUGUCCUGGGAAUAUUCGUUCACUCACAUAGAAAUUGUCCACCUAUCUUUACCGGGGAACAAAGGGUUUCUUCCCUCCAUUCAGUCCUGCUCUUUACUUCUGUUAUAUCAAAGUCUUCCUUGUACAUUUUUCCUCUGAGGCAAUGAACCACUGACUUUUUAAUCUAAAUGAUAAAAAAAAUAAAUUAUUAGUUAAUGA